AUGCACGCGGUCAUUGGCAUUCGACGCGCGCUGCGAGUGGGUGGCAGCGGCAUGCGAGCGCUACUACUGGCGCGCAAUGCAUUGCACUUGGCAGCGGACUUGGCACUGCCGGCGGAUGCGUUGAAGCUGCAGGAGUCUCAUGUCUGUCCAACGCGUCGCUUCGGCGGUGGCACAGGGGCAGGGGGCUACAGCUGGAGCGCCAAGGAGCUGCUUACUAUUGGAGUCGCGGUUAGUGCCAUGGCGGCAAUUGCUGGUGGCGAAGCGAUGUGCGAAGCGUUGGAUGGAGAGCACGAGGACAAUGGAGAGGACGACUCGGUGGCCCGACGCAAAAACUGCAACUUGUGUCACAACAGCGACGACAACGACACCAUGUCCAUGUACUUCGACGCUGAGUACGAACCGAAGAAGCUGCUGGGUUGCGGCACGUUUGGCGUGGUGAUGCAGUGCGUGCACAAGGAGACUGGGCGCGUGGCAGCAGUGAAGAUGGUGCAGGACAUUGCAGGCAACCAGGAGGAGGUGGAACGCGAGAAAGAGGCGCUGGAAAGGUUGGAACGCGCCGGUGGGCAUGAAAAUAUCGUCGGGUAUGAAGGCUCGUACUAUCACAACGACUUCCACUACAUUGUGCUGGAGUACGUUGCGGGCAUUUCGCUGCACUCCUUUGUCGAGAAACACAGCACCCUGGACGCCACGUGGGCGCUGAAACUCGUCUCGCAGCUGGCCAGCGCACUGCAGUUCAUGCACGACGCCGAUGUCAUCCACCGCGACCUCAAACCCGAGAACGUCAUGGCGCUAGUCAACUGUGACAGCAAAGGCCGCAGCACGCGCGGGGAUGCCAAUGAGAACGAGGACGUCACGCUCAAGAUCAUCGACUUCGGCUCUGCCGGACGCGCCUCGCAGCCAGAAUCGUCCAAUAAAGCUCGAGCUGCGACUCUAUCAGGAACUCGCUGCUACUGGCCUCCGGAGGUGCUGCAGCUUCAGGGCAUGACGUCCGCAAUGGACAUGUGGGCGCUGGGCUGCAUCCUGUACAUCCUCAUUUCAGGCCGUCAUCCGUUCGACCUCUCGGGUUGUUCCACAGAGGACGAAGUCAUUCAACGCGUCAAGACCGAGCCCGUGCCGUUCGUGCUCCCAGUGUGGCACGACGUCCCUGACGAGACCAAGGAGCUCAUUCGAGGCCUGCUGGAGAAGGACCCGCGCCACCGACUGACAGCGGAUCAAGUGCUCGAGCACCCGGCCAUCGUCGAGGCCACCAAGGAAUUGUAA